GUGGGGCUUGUCAGUCCCAAGGCCUUAAUGGAGGGUGUCCCUAGCCCAUCCAGUCCAGGACUCUGGUCCCCACUAUCUGGUCGUUUGGCUCUCUCACCAGGGACCCUACCUCGGUCUUGAAGGAAACCCCCAGCAGGGGUGGGUCACCUAGGGUGGUAGCCCUAACACUAGCCCCUUCACCUUCCCCACCCACGAGGGACCCAGCGGGUUAUGUUUGCAUUUCAGGUCGGUACUGUUCGCUCCAGGGUCCCAGUUUCAUCAUUGCAGGGAAAAUUCAAGUUAAAACCCAGGAAUGACCCCAAACAUGCUUCACCCUUCUCGCCCCCGUUUCCGCGGGUCUACGCAGUGCAGUCUUCACCCACCCGCCCCAGCGCGGGCCGAGGAACGCAGCCUUUCCUUCCCGGCUCACUCCACCCAACCCCCGCACCCUCCGGCAUCCGAGUUUGCCUCGCUCAGCGGCAGGACAUGACCUACAGAUGGAAGGGGAUAGGCGGUCAUCUCAGGACCGGGCCCAGGAGGAUUGGGUAUCGGACUUCGGACACCCGGAGCCCAGGCCCCCCCUGCCAGCGCCGGCUAAAAUUAGCGGAUGCGGCCGCUCGCUCGGUUGCGGGCGAGUCCCCGCUGCCACGCCGCCCGAAGCAGAGCAAGCUCGAGUGAGAGGGCGAGCGGCCGCUGGUGUCUCGAGAAGCAAUCCAGUGAACGUAGGCCAUGAGCGUCUCGGCCUCGGAACACCGUCAGUCGGACCGGGGGCGCGUCUCCCUGCCCAUCCAGAAGGAUGGCCGUGGCUUCCCUUCGCCCGGCCGGAGACGCCCGCCCUGGCCUCAGACCCCGGACGAGGAUCCCAGUUUGCCCCCCUUUCCUCUGGAAGAGCCCGGUCCCAGGUCCGUGGCCCCAGGGGACCUCCCCUCUCCCGCCUGGUCCCUAGAGGAGGAGGACGAUGACGAGGAAGACGCGGCGGAGCCCGAGGGGCUGCGCAGCGAGGAGCAUCCGAGCCAAUUUUUCGCGGAGGCACAGCGGCUGCGGGAGCAGAGGUUGUUGCUGGAUGAAGAGGUGUCAGUGGCGGGGCAAGUCUACGGGGUGCAUCGGGUGAUCUUGGCCGCAGUUAGCAGCCUUUUUCGAGCCAGGCUGCUGGACGGCAUUGGUCCGCGACCCCCCGUCAGCCUCGACGUGGCCCCCAAGGCCUGGGAGACCGUGCUGACUUUUGCCUACGAGGGAGUGCUCAAUCCCGUCCCGCUGAGGCAGGUGCUGGCGGCAGCCAAGGCCCUGGGAGCACCCCGAGUGGAGGCCGCGGCCCAGCGGCAGCUCAAGAAGGCUGGACGCGCCCAGGACGAAGAAAAGCAGCCCAGCCAGGCGGAGGAGCUGAGGGAGAACCUGCGCAGCAUUGAGCUCUUCUACCAAGAGGGCGUCGGGUGUGACUUGGAGCUGGAAGCAGGCGGCUGCAGGCUGAGGGUGCACCGAGCAGCCCUGGCCUGUGGCAGCGAGUUCUUUGGGGCCAUGCUCCUGAGUGGGAUGAGGGAAUCCCAGGGCACACAGGUGUCUCUCCACACCAUGUCUGCCCAGGACCUGCGACUCCUCGUCUCUUUUGCCUACUCUGGGGUUGUGCGGGCAAGAUGGCCAGGACUGCUGAGAGCUGCCCAGGCUGCCCUGCAGUACCAGAGCUCUUCCUGCCUAGCUCUGUGUGAGACAGCCUUGGCACGGGGCCUCAGCCCUGCCCGUUGCCUGGCCCUCUUCCCCAUGGCUGAAGUCCCCGGAUUGGAGAGGCUCUGGAGCAAAGCCCGUAAUUACCUCCUCACCCACCUGCCCGCUGUGACCUUGUGCCCCACUUUCCCUUCUUUACCGGCUGCCUGCCUGGCUCAACUCCUGGAAAAUGAUGAACUACACUUGCAGGAGGAGUUUGAGGCCUUUGCGGCUGCACGAUGUUGGCUCGCAGCCAACCCUGAGACCCAGGAGUCAGAGGCCAAGGCCCUGCUUCGAUGUGUCCGCUUUGGCCGGAUGUCCACCAAGGAGCUUCGGAGAGUACGGGCAGCUGGGCUGCCUCCACCCCUGCCCCCAGACUUGCUGUAUCAACUGAUAGUGGAGUCGGAGAUUCCAGGUCAAGAGAGGCGGAGGGAACCUGACCAGGCUUUGGUAGUGAUUGGUGGAGACGGGCUUAGAUCAGACAUGGCCAUAAAAGAGCCAUCCCGAGGAGUGUGGUGGGCCCGGGCCUUCCGCUGCGGCAUGGGGCUGGUCCGAACUGUGGAGUGGGGCCGGCUGCCUGCCCUGCCUGCCCCAGGACGCUUCCGGCAUGGGGCCGUGAGCCUGGGAGGAAGUGAAAUCUACGUGUGUGGGGGACAGGAUUACUACAGCCACGCCAACACCUUGGCUUCUACUCUCAGGUGGGACCCCAGUCAAGAGGACUGGAAGGAGAUGGCACCUUUGUGCCAGGCUCGGAGUUUUUUCCCUCUGGUGGCACUGGAUGGACUACUUUAUGCCCUGGGUGGACGAGCCAAUGGUGUUGCCCUAAACUCUGUGGAGACCUAUGACCCCGAGCUCAACGUCUGGAGGCCAGCACCUGCACUUCCAGCACCACGCUUUGCCCAUGCAGCUGCUAUUUUGGAGGGCCGAUUGUACAUAAGUGGUGGCUGCAACGGGAAUAGCCAAUGCCUGGCCUCAUUACUGCACUAUGACCCCAAACUUGAGAAACCAGGGACACUUCUGAGCCCUAUGAGGGUAGCUCGAGCUGGCCAUGUCAUGGCUGCUCUGGGUGGGCGGUUGUAUGUAGCAGGUGGGUUAGAUGAGACUGGGGACCUGCUGAGCUUUGAAGCUUAUGACCCAAAGACUGAUAGCUGGACUCACCUGGUACCUCUGCCCUCCCCCCACGUGGGAGCUGCAGGGGCUGUGCUGCAGGGAGAGUUCCUGGUGCUGGGGGGCUACAGCCACCUUACGUAUGCCCUCUCCCACCUUAUCCAUGCGUACUCUCCGGGCCUGGGCCGGUGGCUCUGCCUGGGAACUCUGCCAAGGCCGCGGGCUGAGAUGCCUGCCUGCAUCCUGACUCGGCCCACUGUGCAGCACAUAGGUGUAGGUCCCACAGGGCACCAAACCAAACCUGCCGGGUGAGUGUGGAGCAGCAGCAGUGGAUGGGGGAGGAAGGGAUAAGAUAUAUCAUGAGGGAAGGUCCGAGAUGAAGGGAAGACAAAGAGGAGUCUUUUUUUCAGGAUAGUAUUUUAUUCUAGUACAGUGCUUUACAACUCAUAAACUGCUUUUGAAUAUAUGAUCUUCAUAGAAGAAAAGGUGGCUCCAGAAUUGCCAGGGAAAGGGCGUUGAGGAAGGAGAACAGCUGAAUGCCUAGGUAAGGAGAGGAGACCCAGAAGCAACUAUACAAGGUUUGGGGAUCCUGGUAGUAUAUCUAGUGGGAAAAGCACAACUAGCUGGAAGACAGUCAAGAAGCUCCAGUAGCCACGGUAUAGGGGCUAUGAGAGGACAACUGGGAAAAUGAUGAUCUUGAUCCAUGGAACAAGGAGAAAAUCAUUUAAAGGCCAUCUAUGAAUGAGUUUGAGGAGUCGGGGGGCAUGGGGCAGGGAGGACUGUAAUUGUUGAGUCCUUCCCCUUUCCAGUUUUUGCUCCUCUCUACUCUCCAAUCCCUGGGUCGCCUGAACCCUUUGACAAUAUUGUUUCUCAGGUGACUUGUAGGCCCAAUCUAAAGUCUCCUCAGUCCAGACACCACAGGCUGCCCCUCGAGCCUCUUGGUAUUUAAUCUGAGGCAGAAGUUCCCAUCUGGACCUGGCACAGCACAGUGGUGAGAUGCCAGGGCACUAAGGUGGGAGUGCUGCAUGUGGGGAAGAUGAGGAGGAAAGAGACAAAGUGGGGAAGUGCCACGGUGGAAAGGGGUUUGAGGGGAGUGGGGGUAGAAGAAGUCAGCAGCUUAACUGGCUUCUUUCCUUCCCUUUGGGGUCAAUUGAGGGAUUAGGAGUGAAAGGAGGACAGUGUGGUAUGAGGUUGUGGGAGGAAGUGGCAGGGAGAAGAGUGAGAGGCAGAGAGAACAUGGAAAAUUGGUUUUCCUCUGUUCUGUGCCUUUCCUCCAGACUUUUUUGAAUCCAUUUCCCUUUUUCUUGGCAGGGAAUAUUGAGUCAGAUGCUUUCUCUCUCACUUUCUCCAACCUACUCUUCCUUCCUUUUUCUUCUUCUUCCUUUCUCUCCUCCUUUCUCCCUCACAGUUGUUUAUUCCUUACUAUAUGUCAGGAACUAUAUGAGACACUAAGGACACAGAGGUCAGAGAGGUCCUGACCAGCAGACAGACUUGUAAACAAAUACUAGUUUUUCAGUGGACUUAGAAGUGUGAACACUUCCCUCACAUCUCUCAUACACACUUAGCCUCCAUCCCCUGAGGAUGGAAGAGUGAACUGUGCCCAGGGAAGGCUUCUGUUACAGAAGGCAGCAUCAUCAGAUGGGUGUGGUUUGAACUGGAUCUUGAAGGCUGCCUGGUUCACCAGUCGGAAAAGGAGAAAGACAUUCCUGAUAGAGAAAGGAAGCAAGUGGGGAAUGUAGUGCUCUGUGUCUCCAUAGCAAAGGGGAAGUUAGAAUUCCAGCGAUUCUUCAGAGAAUUCUGCUGCUGUGGCCAACGGUCUUUCUUCUCUGGAGCCUUUCUGAAGACAAUUGCUUUCACUUAAUGAUUGUAUAUUCCCUCCCUUCACAACCCCCCCCUAAAUCUUUUCUGUAAGAUAUUUCCAUUUCUCUGAAUGGAAAUAUCAUACAGCUUAGGACAAAGGGCAGCUUUAGACAAAGGGCAAGUUCUUUGCAUAGAUCAAUCUUCUGCUGCCAUUGUUCAUUAAGAAUCUCAUACUCCUGCCUUAACCGGUUUGGCUCAGUGGAUAGAGCAUCAGCCUGCAGACUGAAGGGUCCCAGGUUCGAUUCUGG